AUGUUAACAGCACUUCUACGAGCUCGAGCAACUCCUCAAGUAUGCUUGAGGCCUAUGCUUAGCAAAACAUCCCCGCGGUUGUGUACUAUCGGUUUUAGAGUUGCUCUAUUGCACUCGAGUUCGAGGCUCUACAAAUCCAACUCGAGGGAUCAAGAUCAUAACGAAAAGGACGCUAAAGAUGAAGAUGUCGAAAGUAUAAGGAAGGAAGUGGAACGUUUUAUCCAAGAUGCCAAGAAUGAUACCACAGGGAAUCGUGAAUUGCGUAAGAAAAGAUUAGACGAGAGUAUCAAAAGACUCGAAGAGACCAUGCAGCGACAGCAAGACAACCAACGUCAGGAAGCCGAAACGGCUCAAACGGCCCAAACGGCCCAAAAGAAUGAGCAUACGGCAAGUGAUGAAAAGUCCACGGCUAAAAAUGCUGAACAAAAGUCUUUUUUCGAUGAAGAAAAGGAAGCGUUUGAUCAGAAUAAGAAAAUCAAUGAUCGCAAAAAGGCGGAAGAAGAGAAACUCAAAAAGAUUCUGAAUGACCCCAACUCUAACGUUUUGGCUGUGAACAUAGGAUUUCUGGAAAUCGGGAUCUUACUGUUUUUGGUGUCGUUCUUUUUGAGCAGGGUUUACAACACCGAAGAACAGAGGGAGAUUACGUGGCAAGACUUUAGAUCAGAACUUCUUGCUAAGGGAUAUGUUUCCAAACUUGUUGUGAUCAACAAAUCAUUCGUUAAAGUGAUCCUAAAUGAUAAUGGCAAAAACCAGCCGGAGCACAGCGGUCACGACUUUUACUUCUUUACCAUUGGUUCCAUUGAUAGUUUUGAGCGCAAAUUACAAAAGGCACAAGAACAGCUUGGAAUUGCUGAAGAUUUCAAAGUCCCAGUUAUUUACACUCAAGAAGGUAAUUGGGCAAAAGCCAUGUACCAAAUUCUUCCCACAGCUUUGAUGAUCGGAGGUUUGAUUUGGAUCACUAAACGCUCGGCAUCUGCUGCCGGUGGUGGCGGGCCAGGCGGUAUAUUCAGCGUUGGUAAGUCCAAGGCUAAAAGAUUCAACAAGGAUACAGACGUCAAAAUCGCUUUCAAAGAUGUUGCAGGCUGUGAUGAAGCAAAAGAAGAGAUCAUGGAAUUUGUGAGUUUUCUGAAAGAACCUUCUCGCUACGAAAAAUUAGGUGCUCAAAUCCCUCGUGGUGCUAUUUUAUCUGGGCCUCCUGGUACAGGUAAAACCUUGAUUGCCAAGGCAACGGCCGGUGAGGCUGGUGUACCUUUCUUCUCAGUUUCUGGUUCGGAGUUCGUUGAAAUGUUUGUUGGUGUCGGUGCCUCAAGGGUUCGUGAUUUGUUCAAAACCGCUCGCGAAAACGCUCCUGCCAUUAUUUUCAUCGAUGAAAUUGACGCCAUUGGUAAAGCUCGGCAAAAGGGGAACUUUUCUGGUGCCAAUGACGAAAGAGAGAAUACGUUAAAUCAAUUAUUGGUCGAGAUGGAUGGUUUCACUCCUGCCGACCAUGUGGUUGUUCUUGCUGGUACCAACCGUCCGGAUGUGCUUGACCAAGCUCUGAUGCGUCCAGGUAGAUUUGACAGACAUAUCAACAUCGACAGACCUGAGCUUGAAGGACGCAAACAGAUUUUCGGAGUUCAUUUGGCAAAGAUCAAGAUAGCUGGCUCUUUAGACGAUCUACAAAAUAGACUAGCAGCGUUGACUCCAGGUUUCUCAGGUGCAGACAUUUCCAACGUCUGCAACGAGGCUGCUUUGACUGCUGCUAGAAUCGAUUGUACUGCCGUGAAGUUGAGUCAUUUUGAACAGGCAAUUGAGAGAGUUAUUGGAGGUGUUGAGCGAAAAUCGAAGCUACUUUCACCAGAAGAAAAGAAAAUCGUUGCGUACCAUGAGGCAGGACAUGCCGUUUGUGGAUGGUUUUUGGAGUUCGCCGACCCUCUGUUGAAAGUCAGCAUUAUUCCUCGUGGUCAAGGUGCCCUUGGCUAUGCUCAAUAUCUCCCGGGUGAUGUCUACCUUCUGAGUGAGCAGCAAUUGAAGGACAGAAUGACUAUGGCGCUGGCUGGUAGAGUCUCCGAGGAGUUGCACUUCCCGUCUGUCACAAGUGGCGCUUCGGACGACUUCCAGAAGGUUACACGCAUGGCUACCGCAAUGGUAACGGAGCUUGGUAUGAGUGACAAGAUUGGCUGGAUCAAUUAUCAGAGAAAAAGCGAAAGCGAUUUGACCAAGCCAUUCUCGGAGGAUACAGCUGCCAUUGUGGACUCUGAGGUUUACAAUAUUGUGCAGACAUGUCAUGACAGGUGCACUGCACUAUUAAAGGAGAAAGCCGAUGCAGUGGAAAAAGUCGCUCAGCAGCUGUUGAAGGAAGAGGUGUUGACCAGAGAAGAUAUGAUCCGCAUGUUGGGCAAACGUCCAUUUUCCGAGCGCAAUGAUGCGUUUGACAAAUAUCUCAACGAAAGCGAAACACAGAGGCUACGGAAAAACGAGGAACGCGAUGUUGGCAUGAGCGUGUGA